AUGAAACCAUUGUCUCAAAUAAGCAUUAAAGAACAGUCAGAGUAUCAUUUUAGUGGACCUAAAGUUAUGCUUGAUGAUCAUAGACUUUCUAAUAAAUUAUAAAGACAAUAUUCUGAUGAUUUAUGUAAAGGCUCUCUCUAUAUAUAAUCAAACAAUUAUGUAGAUGUUGUUUGCACUCCAAAUGCUAUUAAUACAGCUAGAAAUAAUAGGGUUACAAAGAGAAUGGUAUUUUAUUGUUAUUGAUUAGAGUUAACUCGACGUAAAAAAGAAGAAAAUAAUUAAAAACUAGUUGACAAUUAAGUGUUUAAAACUUUAGCUAAGGAUAGAUUAGUAAAAUAAUUUAAGAGAAAUUUGUUUAUUAAAUCUUAUGUGAUGAGUCAAGAAUAUAAAGGAGUAAUUUAGAAUCAUUUUAAAUAUGAAUAAAAUAGUUCAAAAAGAGUAGAAUGUAUAAUUAUUGUUUAAUGUUUAGUUAAUUCAGAAUAAUAAGACAAAUAAAUAUUUUUAAUACCUGGCAGCAAAUUUACAUUGAUUUUAGAUUUAUUAUCAUUGAUUAUUAAAAUAAUCUGUUUAUGGAUGUCACCACUUAUAGUAUCUUUUUCAUUAGAUGAUGAUAUAUUCAAAUGGUUUUAAAUUGGAAUCAUGUUUCAAAUUAUUAUUGAAGUUAUUAUCUAAACAAAUAGACCAAUUAAUAUUUAAGGUGAAACCAUCACUAAUUAGAGAAGAAUAUUAUCAAAUUAUAUUUAAUAUUUUUUAAUUGAAGACAUAAUUGAUUUGAGUUGUUGGGUAAUAUAAUUUUUUAAUAUUAAUAAUUUAAUAAAUAGCUUGAUUUGUGGUAUUAUUAUAUUGGUUUCAUUAAAAAAAUUGACGAAGAAUUACUCUAAUUGUAUAGAAACUAUGUUCUUAAAAGGUAGUUUCAAUUAUGCUAUAGACUUAUUUACACUUAUAAUUACAAUUCUUACUUUUGUGCAUUUGAUGGGAUGUAUUAUGUAUUAUGUUGGUUAUUUAACAAUGUUCACUGGCCAAUCUUGGUUAUUAAAGUAUUCAAUAGCAGAUUCUUCUUUUUGGAUACAAUAUAAUUAUUCAAUAUAUUGGGCAAUCACUACUAUGGUGACUGUAGGUUAUGGAGAUAUUACAGCAACAAAUCAAUAUGAAAUGAUGUUUGUUAAUUUUAUGAUGCUGCUUAGUAGUGGAAUGUUUGCAUAUUCUAUUAAUAGUAUAGGUAUGAUAUUGAAGAGUAAUUAUGAUAUUCAACAAAAAUUUAAGUAAAUGUAUUUGAGUUUAAAUUAGGCGAAGUUUAAUCCUCAUAAAUAAUUAUAUGAAGAAAGGAUAAUUGUCUUAACCUGUUUAAAAUAGAGUCAGAAAUUAUUUAAAAUAUUAUUUAUUAACAGAAAAUAAUGAGAAUUUUGAUGAAAUUAAAGAAAUAAUAACUCAUUUACCUACUAAAUUAAAAUAAGAAUUGACAUUAGGUAUAUAGAUGAGCAUAAUGUCUAAAAUAUCAGUAUUAAAUCAUAAUUUUUCAUCUUAAAUUCUAAAUUAAUUAUCCCAAAAGAUGGAAUAAAUUAAAUGUAUCCCAGAUGAAAUUAUAUAUAACAAUGGGGAUUAAGAUGAUUAAUAUUUGUAACAUAUUAAAUAUAAUUCUGUAGAUAUUAUUUACAAGAUGGAGAAGUUUAUUUAUGUGAAGAUAGGAGCAAUAAAUUAUUGUAGAUUAUUAAUACUGGGGAGAGUUUUGGAGAAUAUUAAUUUUUUACUGGAUUCAAGACUUAAACAUAAGCUAUCAGUCAUGGCCAUUCAACUUUAUAUCGAAUUCAUAGAAAUUCCUUCAUCAAAUUAUUUACCUAAAUUAGUAAUAAGGAUUUUUAGAGGUUUCAUAAUAUCAAAGAUAGCAUUAUAUUUUUAAAUAAUUAUUAAGUAAUUCUUAAGAAAUGUAAUUUUUGUAACUUAUAUAAUCAUGCCAAUAUUGAAUGUCCUUUAAUUACAUAUUAACCUAAUAAAUUUAAAAUAGUAAUGCAACCUGAUAAUAAUAUAAAUUAAGUGAUGUUAAGAAUGAAACAUUAAAGAGUUGGUGAUAAAAUUAAUUCAUUAUUAAUACAUAAUAAAGUUAUUGAAUCAGUUUAAGACUAUGUUUAGACAAGAUCUAUAACAGAAUUUAAUGAUCCUUAAAAUAGAAUUAUGAAUAUACACUAAUAAUAAACAGGUUAAAUAAAUAAUUAAUAAAUUUAAUCUAGACAGAGUAAAUAAAUAACGCAAGAAAUCAAUUAAUCAAGUAAAGAUGAGUUUAAUUUUGAAAAAUAGAGUUCAAUCUAAUAAAUAUAAGUAUCAAAAAAGCUUAAAAAUAAUCAUUAUAAGGUACAUAAAACCUACUUAAGAAAAAAACAUAAUAAAUAAAAAAUAAACAUAGAUAUCAAUCUUCACUUCAAAACUUUUCUUUGAAGAAAUAAAAUUCUGUUUAUUUAUCAACAUCAUCUUAAUUCUUGACUAUAAAUGAAUUGGAUGAAGACAAUUAAGAAAAUUAAGAGUAAAGUGAUUAUGAAAUAAAUUUUAGACAAUUAGAUUAUCUUUAUGCUCAUCCAUAAUAAAUAAAUCUUUGUAUUGAUAAACAUUAUAAUUAUUAAGGAUAUAUGUAAAAUGACAAUAUAUUUUUUGUUAUUAAAAAGCUAGAUAAACAUAAGAUGAAAAAUUCUAGAAUAUGGAAUUUAUAAAAUAAGAGUUAAGAUGGAGGUAUUUAUGUAUAAGAUGAAUACUCAAUAAUAAUUGAAAAAUGA